AUGGAGCAACCACAACGCGGAAAGAACAGCAUAACCGAUCAGCGAAUUAUCUUCGGCGCUGAUGAUGACCGUGUCCAGCCAUGGCGCGAACACUGGAAACCGGGGCCAAAAGGCGAUCACUCAGACAAACUCAAAGGUUUCAACAAGGGCCAGAGAAUCGCUCUAGGUGGAACCAGUGGCAAUGACGGCGAGAGCGAGCACAUCUUGUACGAUUCAAACUCAGAGCUGAGCCAAAAUGCUUAA